UAUCUGCCAUUCCAAAAUUUUUAUAAACCGUCAGAACAUUUAUAGCCAGAACUGAGAUUCUAACUUCCUUCUGUUUUCUGCGAAGAGUAACAUCACCUUGACUGGAGCUGGCACGGACACAAUUCAAGCUGUGGGGUUGUCUCCAUCUCUCUUGAAGAGCACAGAAUGAGUGUGGAGAGGCUCAGCAGGUCUCUUUGGGGUGCGUGGGAUGGCGCAAAUGCAACAUGGCCGCUUCCUGAACAAGCUCUACUCCAGCCUUUCUGGGACUACCUGCGUCAGAGCCAUGCCAGCACUAUCCGCUCUCCACUUUUCCCUGUCCUUCUCUCUGUCUCCACCUACCUGAUCCUUGUCCUUCUCUACACCACUCUGGACCUUCUGGCACCAACGUGGCCAAGUAUUCGCCGCUACCAGCUGCACCCGGAACGCACAGUCACAUGGUCCAACGUGGGCAACACACUAGCGCUCACCACCUACAACCAUCUGCUUUACAUCUUCCCGGCAGCCGUGGCACAAUGGCUGUGGCGUCCACCAGUGCCACUUCCACACCAUGCACCUUCACUCACUUCCUUUUUGUUUGGUAUUGCAGGUUGCACAGUGCUUUUUGAUUUCCAGUACUUUGUUUGGCAUCUACUGCACCACCGCAUUGCUUGGCUAUAUGCCACUUUUCAUGCUGUGCAUCAUCAGUACCGGCAGACAUUCAGCCUGGUCACCCAGUACCUGUCAGCAUGGGAGCUUAUCAGUGUGGGCCUGUGGACUACUGUGGACCCGCUACUUCUAAACUGCCACUCUCUUACUACCUGGGCAUUUAUGGUCUUCAAUGUGUGGGUUUCAGCUGAGGACCACUGUGGCUAUGACUUCCCCUGGGCCAUGCAUCGGCUUGUGCCAUUUGGCUUGUGGGGUGGUGCACCACGCCACGAUGUGCAUCACAUGCAGCCUGGAACCAAUUUUGCUCCCUUUUUCACACACUGGGAUUGGUUGGCAGGCACUUCCAGCACACCUGUCAAAUUUUGCAGCAGCAAUGAUCACAACAGCCUGAAAGAGAAUGGACUGGGAUCAGACAAAGGGAUCUGAGAGACUUAUUCACUGGAUACCCACAGUUUUUAUUCAUCUGCCUUCCAAAUUUUCUGUUCUUUCAUAGUCCUCCUCAUCCUCAAUCAUUUAGGUUAUUUUAAAUGUCUGUUAAAUGUAAGUAAAAGAGGAUAGCAUUAAUAUAAAUUGAACAAUGAAUGAUCCAAGUAAAUAGACAGAGAGUCUCCUCUCUCUUUCACACUCUUUCUCCUGCUUCAUCUCACUGGCAUCUCUUUACAGCAGCUCCUUCUAUGUCCUUCACAUCCUUACCCAUACAGGGUAUUUUGAACGUUCAAUCAGUUAAGGUAACUGAGCUUAUGUGUUAAUCUUCAAGCAAUACAAUUUCAACAAUCCAUUCAUAUUAUCUUAUAAAGUUACAAAACGUUAAGUUCUGGGUGAUGGAUUUUUGAAUAACGUAAGUUGUAUGUAAAUCCAGUGAAAUCAAUUAUUACAAUCGAUAGAAAUUUUGCUUUAUACAUGGUGGUGUUUAUUAUAGUGCAAACUGCCACUAACUUUACAAUUAUAAUAACCUAAACUAAAGGUUUUAUAAGGAUCCUCUUCUCUAUUUAUUUCACUUAUCAGGAAUAUGAAUUUGGCUUUCUAAUUUUUCACUAGUUUAUUAUGGUGUU